GGAAGAGAGAGAAGGGAGAGAGAAGGUGUUCUUUUUGAGAGUGUGAGGAAGGGCAAGAGGAGUGUUCGUCCAAACGUGAGGAGAGAGCGGACCCCUCUUAAGAGAUCUACUAACACCCCUUCCUCCGGCGUGGCAGACAUCACAUCUGCUCAAUGGCAAGCCAUGCUGGACGCAGCGGACGAGAACGAGAAACCGUUCUUUCAAAAGCUUUAUGACGAUGCCAUACAGAAGGAAAGGGAGGCAGAGGCAGCACCCAGAGCUACAAGCAUUGCUGAACAGGUGGCCCUCCUUCAGGUCCCGGAAGCGAAUGUUGACCGGUUCCAAGAGAGGCUAGUUGCUGCCGUAACAGCCUUGGUUCGAUUGCGGACCUUGGAAGACCUUGAUUCCCGCGUGACAACACUGGAGCAGCGGAACCAAGAGCUGCAGGCUGAGAUACUCAGCCUCAAACAAUCCCAACUGUCUGCCCCUCGUCCUCCUAACCCUCGACCUGCUGCAGUCCCAGUCUCUCAACCUAACACAGUCCUCAUGAUGAGAGCAAGUGGAACUGUGACGAGCGUAGGAACCGGUGCCAGCUCCUCAAGCGGCAGCGCCGGCAAUUCUGCACUAGUCAUAGUCCCAAAUGCAGGAACUUCAGCCCAAAACGCCACAGUUCUUACUAGCGUACAAUACAGCGGUCCCGUAGUGGACAAGCGGGCGACCACUCUGCCGUCCAAGUACGACGGGAAAGGGGACAUCACCUCUUGGAUUAGCUCCAUGCGCUCAUACUUCGAGGUACUGCGAACACCGCAGGAAGACCGAAGCAUGAUCAUGGGCACAAAUACUGAGCCCGCCGUACGGAGUUUCAUAGAACUCCAAGCUGUUACAGCAGGUUAUGACAGGAUUGACUUGACUGAGUGGCUGAAAGUAACUCUUGUACGCACUCUUGACGACCUUCUCAUCAGACGGUACCAAGAUAAGCACGUUGCGCUCAAGGCAAGGCUGAAGCUUGAGGCCCUCAAGGGCCAAACAUGGAGGACCUCCAUGCAGGCUUUGGAACAACACUUGACUGAUCUUUUCACCACUCCAAACCUGGGAAUGACCGACAUGUCUUGCAUGGAUGUAGUCAUGGGAGUGGCCCCUAAAGAAUACCUCUCCCUGCAAGGACUCAAAUACCAUACCACUUGGCGAGAGCUCAUGACGGAUCUAGUCAACCUAGAGGCCAAGGACCUCGCCAGGCGUACAAAGGCACCCGCUGCAGGUGCCAAAUCACAACGCAAGCGGUAUGGAAGCAGCAACCAGCUUGCCCUGCAUGAACAUCGGGAGGCUGAAGAUCAGUCCUACGCGGAUGAUUUGUCUCUAGAUGACGAUCUAGAGCCGGACUCCGAUAUGGGCUUUUCUACAUCAGCCAUUGGGUCUGAUGUGAAUGAAGAUGAAAAACUUAAUGCUUUCAAAAAGACUGCUUCAAGCAAGGGGCCUAACCGUGGUUAGGGUAGGGGAACUAUAGCACACCUCCCCAAGAAUGUGAAGAUCCCUGAGAAACCGGAGGAUGCUUCUACCAAGCCUUGGGAAG